UGGCUGCCCUGACAACAUGGCGGCGCCCGGGAAGAUGAUGUUUCCGGAGAAACCGAGUCACAAAAAGUUCAGAGCCGCCCUGAAGAAGGAGAAACGAAAGAAACGGCGGCAGGAACUCGCUCGAUUGAGAGAUUCAGGACUCUCACAGAAGGAGGAGGAGGAUGCUUUUAUUGAAGAACAACACCUAGAAGAAGAGAUGCUGUUGGAGAUAGAGAGGCAAAAAUUACAUGAGGCAUGGUUGCUUCGGGAGCAGAAAGCACAAGAAGAAUUCAGAAUAAAGAAAGAAAAGGAGGAGGCAGCUCGAAAACGACAGGAAGAACAAGAGAGAAAGUUAAAGGAAGAAUGGGAAGAGCAGCAGAGAAAAGAGAGAGAAGAGGAGGAGCAGAAGCUACAGGAGAAGAGAGAAAGAGAGGAAGCUGUGCAGAAGAUGCUGGAGCAGGCUGAAAACGAGUUGGAAAAUGGUGCCACAUGGCAAAACCCAGAACCACCGACGGACUUACGGAUAAUGGAGAAAGACCGAGCUAAUUGUCCAUUCUACAGUAAAACAGGAGCGUGCAGAUUUGGAGAUAGGUGCUCACGUAAACACAAUUUCCCAUCCUCGAGUCCCACACUUCUGAUUAAAAGCAUGUUUACGACAUUUGGGAUGGAGCAGUGCAGAAGGGACGACUAUGACCCUGAUGCAAGCCUAGAGUACAGUGAAGAGGAAACCUACCAGCAGUUCCUGGACUUCUAUGAUGACGUGCUUCCCGAGUUCAAGAACGUUGGGAAAGUGAUCCAGUUCAAGGUCAGCUGCAACUUGGAACCUCACCUGAGAGGCAAUGUGUAUGUUCAGUACCAAUCGGAAGAAGAAUGCCAAGCAGCCCUGUCUCUGUUUAACGGGCGAUGGUACGCGGGACGGCAGCUCCAGUGCGAAUUCUGCCCGGUGACUCGGUGGAAAAUGGCAAUUUGUGGUUUAUUUGAAAUACAACAGUGUCCGAGAGGAAAACACUGCAACUUUCUCCACGUGUUCCGAAAUCCCAACAAUGAGUUUUGGGAGGCUAACAGAGACAUCUACCUGUCUCCAGAUCGGACUGGCUCCUCAUUUGGCAAGGGCUCAGACAGGAGAGAGAGGAUGGGCCACCACGAUGACUACUACGGGAGGCCCAGGAGGCGGAGAAGCCCUAGUCCGUCGCAUUCCUACAAGAGAAAUGGGGAAGCUGACAGGAAAAGGAGAAGCAGCCACCGGGGGAAGAAGUCUCACAAACACCUGUCCAAGAGUCGCGAGAGGCACAGUUCGCGCAGUAGAGGAAGAAAAAGGGAUGGCAGCCGCAUCCGGGCCAGCCGGAGCCAGAGUUCCUCCAGGUCCAGGAGUCGUGGCAGGAGGAGGUCAGGCAGCAGAGACAGGACAACGCAGAGUCCCAAAUCCAAAUAA